AAAAGUAAAUUUAAUAAAAUCAAGCAAAAAAUCUGCAAAAAAAGAAAUAUUUAUGUGCAAAACCACUAAAUUGGAAGACAACACGCACUGGAAGCCAACAGCACACAGCAGGCGUCUCAAGUGAAACCAAAACAACCACUCAGCAACAACAAAUUGUUGCCCACCCACCUACAUAAACAAAGAGGAAUCCGCAGUAGUUGUCGCAGUCGCUGUCGCUGUCUCUAAUUGGAUUAUCAUACUUGCACAACAAUAACUUAACGUUAACAUAAAGCCUAGCAACGUGUUGAAAGCAAAUGCUGUCAUUGUCGUUUGCUAUCACGCCACGAAGGACAGGUGCAAGGACAAGCUAAUCGCGCCACAGUCGUUACGCAGCUAGUGAAUAAUACAGCAGCACCUUUUGCAUCGACAUUCACAUAUAUAUCAACAUUGACCUUGGUCAAAAGCAGCAACAGCGGAGCAACAAGUUCCCUCAGCUAGAGCAUUUUUGGCAUAGAUUUGCAUAUAAAGUUGGGCUUAGCGCCAAAGCGCGUUAUGCGAAACGCUCGCCUUGGUACGUUGAAGAUAGAGGAUUCAGAUUUCUACAAGCAAACGAUACGCUGAGGCUCAGCUACGGCAGCAUGUCAUUGCUAGCCUUGGGCGCUGUCGGUGGCAGCGACAGCUCCAGCGACACCGAGCCGGAUGCCCUGGUUGAUUUUACAGCUAUGUUGAUGGAACGUCAGCAGGAUUGCAGCAGCGAUUGGCUGGGUUGUGGCAACAAGCUGCAGGCACAACAGCAAGAGGAACAGGGCUAUUUCUUGGGGCAAUAUGUGCUGGGCGUACUGGAUUUUAGCUCACAAUAUGGCAUCGACUACAGCAUUUCCUAUACAGCGUCUAAUAUCAUAGGCAGACCAACCAAGUUUCCAGCCUAUGGUGACUACCCUGAGACCUUUACAAUGCGAACCUAUGGAGAUUAUUGGCAGAGCGCGCCAUCAGCCACGCGUGAGAUACAACCUCAAAAUUUGCCAGCGGUAACCACACAUGACUACAUUGUUGUGUACUUUGAAAAGUUUGUGGUGCCCUCAGAGGUGGCCAUUUUUGAGACCUAUAAUCCGGGCGCUGUGGUGCGCAUAUGGGCUUAUAGCAUUACCAAUCAUUGGACUUGUCUCUGGGAGGCUGAAAGCCUCGAGCUUAUGCAACCAGCGGACAAUUCUCCACGUGAUGCGCGACGAUUUGCACCACCCAUUAAAAAGACCAACAUAAUAACAAAAACACUACGCAUUGAAUUCAAUCAUAGCCGUUUGAAAUAUUAUACGGAAAUCGAUGCGAUUAUGCUGUGCGGUACGACAGUGUCCGUUCGUCGCAUGCAACAGUUGUUAUCGCCCAUGCGUCAGCUUCGCAGCAAUGCUGCCACAGAAUCUUGUGCUGGACCCAUCAGUUGUAAAUUGCGCACGCUUAAGUUUCAGCCCAGCUGUCGGGGGAACUAUGCCGUUAAGCUGCAUGACUUUAUAAAUAACGAUCUAAGUCAGUUUCUAAUGGAGUCUUCUAUAGACUUGGAGCAACAGCAGCAGCAGCAGCAACAAGAACAACAGCAAUUGCAGCAAAUUAGACCAAGCAUCUGCCUUACGGAUCUGCCUUUUGAAAUACUUUUGAAAAUACUCAGCUACCUGGAUUUAAAAUCAUUAUUUCGCAUUGGACAAGUAUCGCGAACGUUCUACGAUAUAUCUACGCAUCCUUUACUCUACGCCGAAUUGAGCUUAAAGUACUACUGGCAAGUGGCCAAUUCCGAGUUGCUCUGCACGUUGGCGCGUCGAACGACAAUGCUACGAAAAUUGGAUUUAUCGUGGUGCGGCGGCUUUGGCCAAAUCUCACCCACCGAGUUUAAAAAAUUUCUAACGCAACGUGGCGAUAACUUAACGCAUUUGCGACUCAACUCUUGCAAAAUUCUGAAUGCCAGCUGCAUUGAAACUGUGGGCAUAGUCUGUGAUAAUCUUAUAGAGCUAACUUUACGCAAUUGCGCAAUAGAUCAGCCCUUACUGAACUUCUCUUGUUUGGCUAAUCUGAAGAAUCUGGAGCGACUUGAUCUCUUUCAAACUGCCUUUGAGUCGGAACUGCUGCUAAGCAUGCUCGAGGGUAAUCGGAAGCUAAAGCAUCUGAAUCUGGCCUUUUGUGGUGUUUCGGUUAAUAUGGAUAAUGUGGCCACGCAUCUGGCUACCUACAACACACAGCUGGUUUCUUUGGACAUGUGGAAAGCGCAUUUCUUAUCUGCGCGCGGCUUACAAUCGCUGGCAUGCUGCAAGCAGCUGGAAGAGCUGGAUUUGGGCUGGUGCUUGCGUGAGGCAUCACUGGGCGAUUCGAUUUUUCAAUUACUAACCAACUGUCCCAAGUUGAAGAAACUUUUUCUGUCCGCCGUGCGCGGCAUUACGGAGCGCGAUCUCAUACAUAUUGCCACGCUGGGAAAAAAUCUUGAGCAAUUAGAUCUUAUGGGAAUUAUAAACAUAACACAGGAGCGUGUCUACGACAUUCUGUUGCAAUGUCCAAAGCUGCGCAUGCUUGAUUUAAGUUUUUGCGAUAACAUUAUGGAUCGUGAUUUUGAUAUGAUUGCGGAGUGGUCGCGUCUGUAUAAUGUGGACAUUAAAAGUAGCCGCAUCCACUAGCCGAAAUAGUUCAAUUGUUAAACCUAAGUUCACCAUGUAGCUAUUUUAAUAAGCAUAUCUAUGUGUAUAGUUAAUUGCGGCAUACUGUUUAUAGUAAUUGUUAACUAUUGUUGUUAUAU